AGCAACAGAAACAGCGGCAACAUCAGCAGUAGCAGUAGCAACAGCAGCGGCAGCAGCAGCAGCAGCGUUCGUUUCAUGAGAACGAAUUGUACACACAUCGCCAUCACGCUCACAAUAAGCAUUGUGUUGGAUCGCUACCAAAAAUAUUCGGAUGUGAAGUUUAGUAUGUUUCGCGAACUCAUUAAAUUAGGACGGAAUCUCCGAAGCAAAUGUAGCUCUAACUUUUGCUGUCUAUCAAUACGUUGUUCUAAUCAAGCAAACCAAGUUCAACAACAACAUCACAUUUAUUCACUCUCUCUCACUUUAUCACAACGGCCAAUAAUACGGUCAUCCAUCUAUUCUCAACUAGUUGUUAUUACGGCCGAAACAAUUUCACACGAAGCACAAACAAUCUAAACACAGGAAUCGAGAGUGAAAAAAAAAAAUUGUUUGCGAUCACUUUCAUUGUCGUUGAUUGUUGUUGACAUUUCAUUGAACCAUUUAGAAAGUAAUCAAGUGCCAAUUAAACGAAUUGAUUGUGGAUCGAAUUCCGGUUAAAGUGAAUUUUUUUAAUGAUAUCAGCGGCUUUUUGGUGAAACAAAUUUUUUUUUUAACGCAAAUAUUUGAGUUUACAUCAUUGAAACCGUGUUUCAAGAACCUGUGCUUACUGGCUCCCAUUCCAGCAACAUCAUCCAAAAAAAAAUUACAAGCGGGAUGACAUUUAACACGAGAUAAAAUAUAUGUCACACACAAAAGCAACUCAAACAAAGCAACUCGUCGUCGUCGUUUUGUACAGCGCACACCAUCGAGUUUGAUCAUUUUCCGCACAUUUCCGGGACCAGAAAAAAAAUAAGAAAAGAUUCGCCACAAAUAGAUACUGUGUUGCUGUGUAUCACUUGCCCCGUAAAAAUAAUCAUCAUAAUCACCAGGGAAGUGCGGUAGUUAGAGGCAACCGUAAAAGAGCCAUCUAAUAAGAGUGCAGAUAAUUUUUCUUCCCUGUCGCUCGCAUUAUCACUGUUGACAGAAGAAAACAAAAAAAAACUGAAAGAAACAAGCCGAAGAUAACAUGGAUAUGAAUAACGACUUUGUUAAUGGAAAAAUGGCAAAAUUAUUCAGCGAAGACAAUUUCGUUGCCACGGCAUCCGAUGAUUAUCGGCUAUUGCAGACAUUCGACACCAACGAUGUUGAUAAUUUAACACUUAUUUACGGACCUCAACGAGAUCCAUUGUACGUGGUGAUUCCGAUAACCUUUAUUUACAUGCUGAUUUUUUUAACCGGUGUGAUUGGCAAUAUUAGCACGUGCAUUGUCAUAUCAAGAAAUCGUUCGAUGCACACCGCCACCAAUUAUUAUCUCUUCAGUCUCGCCAUAUCCGAUUUUUUGCUACUUUUGUCGGGCGUUCCGCAAGAGGUGUACUCAAUUUGGUACAAGUACCCGUAUGUAUUUGGUGAAUUUUUUUGUGUAGCACGCGGUCUGAUUGCCGAGACAUCGGCAAAUGCAACAGUUUUGACCAUAACUUCGUUUACAGUGGAACGGUAUUUGGCGAUUUGUCAUCCAUUUUUACAGCACACCAUGUCAUUGUCAAAACUCAGCCGAGCCGUUCGUUUAAUCCUGAUUGUUUGGGUGGUCUCCGUAUGCUUAGCCAUUCCGCAAGCAUUGCAAUUUGGCGUUGUCACCGAUCAACAUCAUAUCGAUCACUGUGUCCUUAAACGUGUCAUAAUCCAGCAUUCGUUUGAAUUGUCAACAGUUUUAUUUUUUUUAACGCCAAUGACAUUGAUAACCAUUUUAUACAUUCUAAUCGGCUUAAAAUUGCGAACGUCGGGAAUAAUAAAGCAUGAGAAUGGAGCAUCGUUACACCAGCGCGUUCAUGUUAACCCAACAUGUCGACAACAAACAAGUUUGGGUACCAGACGUGUAUUAAAGAUGCUUGUGGCGGUUGUGCUUGCGUUUUUCCUUUGCUGGGCACCAUUCCAUGCACAGCGCAUGGUUGCUGUGUAUGGGAACAAUCAGUUGUUCGUUUACGCUGUUACAACAUAUGUUUCGGGGAUAUUGUACUAUUUAUCAACGUGCAUAAAUCCACUGCUGUACAAUAUUAUGAGUAAUAAAUUUCGUGAAGCAUUUAAGGAAACACUGGCGAAAUGCUUUAAAAUACAAAAGAGAGACUACCAUUCGUACAGCACCUACCGAAUGCUUUCCCGACGCCAGCGACGAUGGAACUGUUAUCAAGAGUCAGGAGACUAUUCUGGUAGUUCAAUCCGAGAUGACUGUCUAUACUCAACCUCUACUCAAAAGCAGUCCUUUGACUCGAUGACCGUAUCACAAUGUCAGUCAACUAAAAUGUCAAUUGAUUUCGAUUUAAACAAUCAAUACGGUGAUCACAAUAAGGUCGUCAUAUUGCCGAAACAAAAAUUGCUUAGCACUGGCAUCAAAGUGUCUCGCAUCCAAAAACAAAAUCAAAUGAUUGACCCCACUCGCAACGAUGAUGAUAAUGAUGGCGGCGACAGCACAAAGAACGAUAAAUCACAUGAAAUCCGUAUUUCAAUCAAUUGCGCAAAUAGGAUAAAGCCGAAAAGUGAAUCAAAGCUAAUUCGCUUCUUCCAAAACAUUUCACGUUGGCGACUGCACUCACGUCACAUCGGGUAUCAUAGUCCACGCACGAACCAUUCCGUCGACACAAUAAAUGUACGCCUAAAUCCGGUCGUUGUUGUUACAAAUAAUGAUGCUCAUCAAAUUUCCGAACAAAAUGAACGAAAUUUGGUUCGCUAUGACAAUGGCAUUGGUAGCAGUUGUAGUAAUAACAACAAUAACAAAAAUCUUGACGAUGCUGUUGAUGGUGGCGAUGGCGGUGGCGGUGGCGGUGGCGGAGGCGGCAGCGGCGGUACUGAUAACGACAACGAUUCAAUAAGUAACAGUAGCUUAAGAGACGACAACGAAAUGGCAAUAAAAGAUGAACUGUCCGCGUACAUGGAAGAGCUUCGCUUACGCGAGCUCAGAUGACACAUGAAGAAUGCUCCAUGUGAACGUGCAACGCAUCCAACAUGAACACAACGAGCGGAGCAACACACGAGUGCACAAUUUAGUAGUUCAGCUAACGAUCGCAAUGUGCUACACACUUCAAUCAAAAACUAUUGCAAUGCAUCUACUAUCAAAGAGAAACAACACUGACUCAACUAGAAACGAAAUAACAGAGGGAAUGAAAAACAAAAGGAAAAAAAACGUACACAAAAUACAUAAAUGUGAUAAUAACUUUAAUGUGAUACAUAAACGCGCUUGUAAAUGGAAUGGCGAAAAACUGUGGCCAAAAACAUGAUUCAAUUCAAUUUAAGUAUCUUAACAUAAUCACUUUUAUAUUAGCACCGAUUGCACUUUCCAUUUCAUUUCUGUUUUCAAUUACGAUUGUAUAUAAAUGUUUCAGAUUACAUUAUUGCUGUUAAUAAUAAUUACAAACAUCCAUUGACCAAACAAAACAAACAAAAAAAUACAACAACAUGUUACUUGUUUAAGAAAUGUAUGCCAAAAUGAUUUCUCUUUUGUUAGUUAAUAAUACUUAAUUGGUAAUAAGAACACACAUAAAUAUAGAACUUGUCGAAUAGUUUAUCCAUAAA